AUGUCUGAUCUUCACCCUCUCAACGGAGGCAACUUCGUCCACGAUAACAACCGUGUAGUUGACGGUGGUUCUAUCCUGAAGCGUUUCUCUCUCCAAGGCAAGACUGCUAUCAUUACUGGCGCUGCUGCGGGUAUUGGCUUCUCUAUUGCUGAAGCAUACGCUGAAACUGGUGCCAACGUCGCUCUGUGGUACCGCACAAGUAACAAGGCCCAGGAACGUGCGGAAGAGCUUUCCAAGAAAUACAAUGUUACUGGUAGCUAUACCCAGAAAAGCUGUCGUAGUGCUCAAUUGCUAACCACAGAGCUUGUAGUCAAGGCGUAUCAAGUUGAUAUGCGAGAUGCCGAGGCCGUUGAGAAGGCUGUAGAUCAAUCGGUCCAAGACCUCAACAGCCGGCUAGAUAUCUUCGUUGCCAACGCCGGUAUCCCUUGGACCAAGGGCCCCAUGGUCGAUGGUCCCAUUGAACACUACCGUGAUGUUGUUCAGACAAACCUCGAUGGCACUUACUACUGUGCCAAAGCCGCAGCAAAGCACUGGCGUCGUCAGAAGGUCGAAGGUACUGAUCUCAACGGUCAGCCCUUGACCAACUACACGUCAGGCAGUUUCAUCGCCACUGCUUCCAUGAGUGGAGGUAUCGUGAAUAUUCCACAGCUCCAGGCUGCUUACAAUGCCGCCAAGGCUGGAGUUAUCCACCUCAUCAAGAGUUUGGCCGUCGAAUGGGCUCGAUUUGCUCGUGCCAACGCCAUCUCUCCUGGUUAUAUCAUCACUGAGAUCUCCAACUUUGUGGAUCAGGAAACCAAAGAUAUCUGGAAGGACAAGAUCCCCAUGGGUCGCGAGGGCGAGCCUCAUGAACUUCAAGGAGCAUAUCUGUUUUUGGCCUCUGACGCUUCCACAUAUGCCACAGGUGCUAAUUUUGUUAUCGAUGGAGGAUACAGUGCUCCUUAG